AACCAAGGGCUGAAAGUACGGCAUUGUUCCGGGUCAGUCUAGAACCCCCUACAUGAAGGGCUAGAACUCCAACCUCAGAGCAUUCUGAGUCCUCCUCGGUCCAAGGGAGUCCAGCUCCCACUCGUCCUGGACCGUCCUGAAGCAGGCCUCAUGUGGGUGCUGGCGCUAGGUGGGGUUUUCCUGGCCGUCGGCCAGGCCUGCAUCUUCUGUCGCCUCCCAGCUCAUGCCCUGCCAAGCCGCCUGGCUCAGCUCAGCAGCCAGGCAGAGUGGAAGGAAUGGGCUCCCCCAGACUUCUCAGCCUUUGCCCUAGAUGAGGAGACCAUGAGAAAAAUCACAGAGAAAACUCACCGAGUCCUGAGGGUCAUGGAGACAAAAAGAUCCUUCUCCUCACUCCCUUCGUAUUGGCAAUGGCUUCAGAAGACCAAGAUCCCCCAGUACACCCGGGAAGCUCUCUGUGCUCCCGCCUGCCCGCUUCUCCCGCUGUCUCCUGCAGGGGGCAGCACCAUCCUGUACAACUGCUCCACCUGCGAGGGCGCGGAGGCGACCUGCUGGCCCCGCAAGCGCUGCUUCCCAGGCAGCCACGAUCUGUGGGAAGCUAGGAUUCUGCUCGUGUGCUUCUUCGUGACCGUCCUGCUUUUGGGUGCUGUGAGCCUCCAGCUGGAGUGAGUGGCGGGCUAACCGGGGAGCUGCCGGGAGCCGUCCGUGCUCCCCCAACCCUCCUCCCUGCGUCUCUCCAGGCCUCCCGUCCCGUCUUCUUUCAGGUACCGGCGCCUGCAGGCAAAGGACUUGUGAAGAUGCGGACGGCUCUAAGGAGCUGGCGCCGACAGUUUCCACAUCCCUUAGGACGGGAACCACGUUUUAGCCCCAGCCCCGAACCCUCAGACUUCUGCAGUCGGUGUCCCCGUCAGAUGGCCGCCAGGAACCCGGGCGCCCACAGCUGUAAGGCCCCGCCCCGCCUGCGCCCCGCCAAUCACACAGCAGAGCACGCUGCCAGGAAAUUAUCUACAGAAGGAAAGAAUCUCCUUCCACCCCCACCCCACACCCCCCUGUCCGUUCCCGGAAAGACUGUUGGCCUGUGGCUGUUGCUCUGGGCCCUCCAGUGGCUGAGCGGGAGUCCGGGAAUGAGAGUUCUGGAGAACUCGGUCCCUCUGGGGCAGGACCACAUCAGUCAGCCCGCUGGCACGCAGCCCCUCCAUUGUGUUGGUACCGUGCAGCCCAGGCCCCCCUCCCGCUGCGCCCGAGUAAAUCUGCUGCUUGCUGCCUUCCAGCCCGCCUUGGCUCUGCCUGCAACUUGGGGAUUCUUAGGAAUUCUAACUCGGGUGCUCCCCCACAGGUGUUUGUUUUGGUUGGAGGGAUGUUACUGGCGUCUAGGGGGUGCAGACCAAGGCCGCUCGCUAAACAUCCUGGGAUAUACAGGAAAAUCCUGCCCUAACGUCAACAGUUUAUGGUGGAGGAACGCUGGUGCCCUCUGUACCAGGGGCUUGGGGUAGGGUGACAGGACAUAGAAAAUGAGGAGAGGCCUGUCCCAGCCCGGACGGGAUUCCAACCUUCACUGGGUUUUCGGACUGGGUGCCCACAGGGCAAGUGAUGUCUAUCAGUCACCUGGGCAGCUUGGCAACAGCUCAUGCUUGUGCCCCUCCCCUCCGUGUGCGCGAAGUGGUCCCGCUGGAAGCCUUGGUUGGUAUGAGCUACAGUCAGGUUAGAACCACUGUGUCUCCAUUCUUUCCCUCUUUGGUUUUCCCUUCCUUCCUUCCUUCCUUCCUUCCUAUCUUCCUUCCUUCCUUCCUUCCUUCCUUCCUUCCUUCCUCCCUCCCUCCCUCCCUCUCUCCCUCCCUCCUUUCUUCCUUCCUUUCUUCCUCCCUCCUCCCUCCCCUGCUUUUGUUUUUCCAGACAGGGUUUCUCUGUGUAGCCCUGGCUAUCCUGGAACUCCUUUUGUAGACCAGGCUGGCCUCAAACUCACAAAGAUCCAUCUGCCUCUGUCUCCCGAGGUGCUGGGGUUAAAAAUAUGUGCCAUCGGGCUGGAGAGAUGGCUCAGAGGUUAAGGGCACCAGUUGCUCUUCCAGAGGUCCUGAGUUCAAUCCCUAGCACCCACAUGGUGGCUCACAGCCAUCUAUAGUGAGAUCUGGUGCCCUCUGCUGGCCUGCAGGCAGAACACUGUAUACAUAAUAAAUAUUUUUAAAAAGUG